UAGACAGGCGGGCAGGGAAUCCGCGGCGGUGGGCCAGCCGGCCGGUGAACUUUGGGGCUGCCUGCAGUCGGCCUUCCUGUUGCCGGGAGCAGAGUGGAGGAUUCAGCUGGAACUGGCUGCUGUUUGCUGGGGUAUCAGAAGUGGAAAGAUGCUUUUGGGCACAAGAAUAAAAGAGAAACCUCCACAUUUCCAGUCAUCGGAAAAAACAUUUGUCUUUAACUUUAAGACAGGACAUGAGACAAAUGUGCUAACAGCACCCAUCUUGAUCCCUAUGCAAGGAAGCAUCAGUGAUUUACAUGGCCGUCUUAUGCUUUUACACAAUCUUCCUUAUUUUGUCGAGAGUGAUUUAAAAAAAUCUCUUUAUCAAUUUAUUGAUGAAGAAACUAAAAAGAAUUAUGACAAAGAAGCAGAAGCUGCCUUAGAAAAACUAAAAAGCAGCGACCGGAAUACUGAACAACUUGUUAAUGCUUGGGCUAAAGCUUACCAUGAGACCACGUUAGAAUAUGCUAGGCCAGAAGAGCCAAGUUGGGAUGAAGAUUUUGCAGAUGUGUACCAUGAUUUGAUUCAUUCUCCAGCAUCCGAGACUUUACUCAACCUGGAACAUAAUUACUUUGUCAGAGUCUCAGAGCUUAUAAGUGAAAGAGACAUGGAAUUGAAGAAACUGCAGGAAAGGCAGUCUGUGGAAAUGGACAAAGUGAUGCAAGAGCUGGGAAAAACACUUACAGAUCAAGAUGUAAACUCAGUCGCUGCUCAGCACUUUGAUUCCCAGCAGGUACUGGAGAAUAAAUGGGCCAGCGAAUUGAAACAACUCAUGACUAUUCAGAAACAGGAGUACCAAGAGUGGGUGAUAAAACUACAUCAGGACAUGCAAAAUCCUAACAACAAUACAGUCAGUGAAGAAAUCAAGGUAAAGCAAAGCCAAUCCACGGUAACAAGUGAACGAGUGUUUGAAGAACGAUCUUUGUUGGAAGAAAGUUUUACCAUACAUUUAGGAGCUCAACUGAAAACCAUGCACAACUUACGGCUGGUGAGAGCUGAUGUCCUUGAUUUUUGUAAACACAAGCGCAAUCAACAAAGUGGUGUUAAACUUCAGAGAUUACAGACAGCACUCUCACUAUAUUCCACUUCCCUCUGUGGACUCGUCUUGCUUGUUGAUAACCGCAUCAAUUCCUAUAGCGGUAUCAAACGAGAUUUUGCAACGGUUUGCCAUGAGUGCACUGAUUUCCAUUUUCCUAGAGUGGAACAACAGCUUCAGAUUGUCCAGCAAGUUGUACUUUAUGCAAGUGCUCAACGUAAUAAGAAAUCAAAGGAAAGAGCCGAGUUGUCAAAUGGAAAUGGGGGGAAUGAAGAUAAGUCAAAGACUGGAGAAAGAAAUCCAUCGAAUAUUUUGCCAGGAGAAUUUUACACCACAAGACAUUCUAACCUUUCUGAAGUUCAUGUUGUCUUUCAUCUGUGUGUGGACGACAAUGUGAGAUCUAGCAAUAUUACAGCCCGUGAUCCAGCAAUUAUGGGCCUACGUAACAUUCUGAAAGUCUGUUGCACUCAUGAUAUAACAACGAUAACAAUUCCUCUCUUAUUGGUGCAUGAUAUGUCUGAGGAGAUGACGAUACCCUGGUGUCUGAAAAGGGCAGAGCUUGUGUUUAAGUGCGUAAAAGGUUUUAUGAUGGAAAUGGCAUCUUGGGACGGAGGAACUUCUCGCACAGUUCAGUUCCUUGUACCACAGAGUAUUUCAGAGGAAAUGUUCUACCAGUUGAGCAACAUGCUACCUCAGAUUUUUAGAGUGUCGUCUACACUGACCCUGACCUCCAAGCGAUGAAAAAACACAAAAGAUCCACUGCACUGCAAGUUCGUCGAUCCCGCAUUUCCCCUCUUGAAGUCAGCAAUCAGCUCUGGUCCUGCUGAGCAGAUACCGUUCUCUGAGUUUGAAGAGGAAGAUGGAGUUGAACGCUGAGCUGUAGUUCAUGAACAACAGCCUGAUGUACAUUUCCUUAUUGUCCAAGUGGUCCAGUGCAGGGUGGAGAACAAGUGAAAUUUCAUCCUCUUGUGGUAUAUAAAUUGUAAUCAAGGCAGGAGUUGAUAUGUGUCAUAAUCAACCCCUCAAAGCACUUCAUCACCAUGGACAUUAGUGCCACCGGUUGAUAGUCAUUGAAGCAUGUCAUCUUCCUCUUCUUGGGCACCAGCAUUAUUUAUUUCCGUUUAAAUCAGGUGUCAACCUUAGACCUUUGAGAGGUUGAAGAUGUCUGCAAAAACUCCAGUCAGUUGAUCCACGCAGGAUAUAAGAACGUAGCAGAUACGCCAUCUGUGACUAAGAAUACAAUGUCCUCCGGGAUUAUGGGGACCCAAGAAAGUACAUUGAUGUUCUCCCACUCAAUGCGAGCUUAGAAAGCAUUGCUCUUGCCAGGGAGGGAUGCUGCACUGUCAAUUGAGCUACUACUUGGUUUCGCCUUGUAGGAAAUGGGCAUACAAGCCCUGUCACGGCUGCAGCACUUCCAUUCCACCCUCCGGUUUAGAUCAAAAAAGUCUCUGAUUUUCUGAUUGCUUUAUCGAGGUCGUAUCUGCACUCCCUGUACCUGAAUUUAAACUGUUUUAUCACCAAUCUAUUGCCAGAGUUGAAUGGCCAAGAUCUGGACCUCGGUAGUUUGCGGACCUCCUGGUUCAUCCAAAGUUUCUGGUCAGGAAACAUCCUCAUGGUCUAGGUGGAAACGCAUUCCUCCUCACAUUUCCUUAUGAUGUUGGUAACAAACUUGUCACAUAAAAUUGACGGAGGUUUCCCAAUUUGGCUGUUCCUAUGUGUAAUCUAAGCUAUUAUAUUUUGGACCAAUAUGAUUUAAUAUACGGUCAGACUUUGAGUUGAUGGGAAUGUAUGCGCGUUGCAUCUUACCAAAAUAUGCACAUAUUUGCAGGAAUUAACAAUAGGCUCAUUGUAAUUAACAUACUAAGACAAGAGAGAUACUCAUAUUAACACAAAAUAAUCAAUGCAACACUUUCAAUGUAUUUAUAUAAAAUACUUAUGGAGUAUAUUUUGUUUUUAAUUAAUAUUCACAAAUACCCCUUCAAAUUGCUAUUAUUCUGUUCGAAACUAAGAUUUCAGAUUAACAAAUUAAAUAGGAAUUAGGAAAAUAAACUCCAUCGUACACAUCAACUUCCUGUCUUUGUAGAUUUAAAAAUGUAAUUUGUUGGAAGCAUGCAGCCUUGCUGUGAUAUACUCGGUAGAAAUUCUUACAUAUCGUUCUAUGUCCAUGGUAUAUGUCCUAUGUACUUUCUUUCCACAAUUCAGUUAAAAUGAGUAGAAAAUAUUUUUUCCUUGAGUGACUGAGUAAAUUGGACUUAAUAAAUUCAGUCAUUUAUGUCUGCCAAUAAAGAAUGUCUGAGUUUAAACUGUUUUAUCACCAAUCUGUUUUAGGAUAGAACACUGCAAGAUAUCAUAGGUUAGACAUACCCAUGCCCCAUGCAUAAUUAACAAGUAUUAAUCUGCAAUAGAAACAAGUGGUUCAGUGGCUCGGCAAAACAGCCUCUACAUAUGUGGAGAACCCAGAGAAAAUAUCCAAUCGAGUGAACACCUAUAUCUGUAACCAUUUGCAGUUGGGACCAACAGAUCGGAGAUUGAUUGGGACCCUCGUUCUCCAGGUCUGGGAUUGGGAUUUGUGUAUCUGGUAAAGUGUUUUGAUGACAAAUAAUCGCCUAGGUUAAUAUGUGAAUGUGUUGUUAGCAGGUUGCACUGGGAUUAACGGAUUGAAUUAAUAUGUUGCAUUAGUUAAUCAAUGUGGUAAAUUAAUGUGCUUAAUAUAAAUUAAUGUGAUUAAUGUAACAAUGAAAUCUAUAGUGUUAGUAUUCUUUUUGUAAAAGGUUAAUGUAGUAUAUUUAAUUAAAGAGUGAUCUAUUAUUUGUUACAUUGGAUUAAUAUGCUGUAAUACUUUGAAUUAGCUUGUGCUCUGUUUAUAUUUCUGUAUGCUAACUAAUGUUGAUCAUGUUGAACUUAUCCAUGGUGUUGCAAUUUAGAAUAGUGUUCUUUGCUGCACCACUUUAUUAGAAAAUAAAUCCUAAAUCAAACGGUUAAAAUGUGCAAGCAUUUGAAACCAGAGAUGAACUUUGAUUGAUAGGAAUUUCGUUUAAACUUAACAUGUGGCUGCUGCAACUCAAAACAAAUAAAGGUUGGAUACAAACUUUGGUAAUGAAAUGUUCCUGA